ACAGCGACGACGGCAAAUUUACAAGGAAGAAUAUUCAAACGGAGCGAGCGAGUGGUGACUCAUAAACCGCGUUUGGCAACUCACCGAACCAGAAAUCCGUUCUCUCUGUUCUGAAUUCUGAUUGGCUCCCUUAAUCUGGCGACUACCAAGGGGAUUUCGCGCUCCCUACCGCUGCGUUCUUCAGCAAAUCCCCAUUCCUGAUCCGUUUCUCCGCCUCACCGAGAAGGCGAGCUCUACGAUGUCAUUGAAGGCGUCCAAUUCCGAGAAGAAUUUGCUGCUGCCGGUGUCGGAUCCUCCACAUGGCAGUGAAGAGAAAGACCGAUUGAUCAGAGGCGAUGAGAAGCUCUUCAGAGGAUCCGCCAUGACCAAACGAGGAGCCUAUGCUGCUCUCUCUUACAUGGCUUGCGCAGUGCUCUUGGUUUUGUUCAACAAAGCAGCUCUUUCUUCAUAUAGUUUCCCAAGUGCAAAUGUUAUUACACUUGUUCAGAUGGUAUGUUCCUGUUGUUUUCUAUAUCUAUUGAGACGCUGGAAAGUAAUAUCUUUUACAGUGGGUGAAUCCUUGACCCUUUCUGAUAAUGCUGCAACAAUGGUUCCAAUGAAGACGUUGAGGCACACCAGCCCUCUUGCAGGGACAUAUUUGCUUUACAUGCUAGCUACUAUGGAGUCUGUUCGUGGAGUAAAUGUACCCAUGUACACUACCCUCAGGCGGACCACGGUUGUUUUCACAAUGGUUGUGGAGUAUCUUCUGGCAGGACAAAAAUAUACAUAUUCAGUUGUUGGAAGUGUUGGUUUGAUAGUUCUCGGCGCAUUUAUUGCUGGAGCUCGCGACUUGUCCUUUGACGUAUAUGGCUAUUCUAUUGUUUUCUUGUCCAACGUCACCACAGCAAUCUAUCUUGCAACUAUUGCCCGUAUUGGAAAAUCAAGUGGGCUUACUAGCUUUGGCCUCAUGUGGUGCAAUGGAAUAUUGUGCACGCCAAUUCUACUUUUCUGGACAUUUAUUCGGGGUGACUUGGAGGCAACUCUUAGCUUCCCUCAUCUUCUUUCACCUGGAUUUCUAGUAGUGAUGCUUUGUUCGUGCACAUUGGCUUUCUUCUUGAACUAUAGCAUAUUUCUAAACACCACUCUGAAUUCGGCAGUCACACAAACCAUAUGUGGUAAUCUGAAGGAUCUUUUUACAAUUGGACUUGGCUGGAUGAUAUUUGGCGGCCUUCCUUUUGAUCUGCUAAAUGUUAUUGGGCAACUUUUGGGUUUUAUUGGCUCUGGUUUGUAUGCCUACUAUAAGCUCAUAGGGAAAUAACUCCUCUAGAUGCAAAGUUUAAUAGGAGAAAUUAGGUGAUUUGGUUCCAAAUUCAUCUAGCCAUUGAUGAACUUGUAAAUUUUGGAUGUAACACUUUUGGGAGGGUCUUGCUCUGAGCAGGUGCUGAUUCAAUUUUCGCACUUGUUUUUUAUUUUUCUUUUGAGUUCCACUUAUCUUUUUGCUUGAUUCUUAUUUGUUCUGUUUGACUGCAUAGAUUUUUAGGGUGUAACGACCUGGAAAACAGUUUUGAGCCCAUAGUUAUUGGUGCAACUGUGCAAGAUCCCCUUCUGAGAUAUUAUUAUUCUGUGUGGGUUGA